AUGAUUCGAGCCUCCUUCUCCACCGCCAUUGCCCUUAUCCACACGCACACUCAUGGAGGAGCUCAAGCUCGUCCUCUACAGAGCAAUUCCCGAGAGGUCAUCCAUUGCCCCGAAGCUUGGUUAGUCAAAAUCGUCUCUACUUUGUUCGUCUAUAGGGUUCCUGACUCCGAUGGCUGUUUCUGCUACCUCAGCAAGAAUCUCAAUCCUUUUAUCGCCUUUGAGGUUGUUAAGAAAUUGGACAAUCCUCACUUAGGGUUUCGGUUCUGGGAGUUUAGCAGAUUCAAGCUUAAUAUUCGCCAUUCUUUUUGGACCUAUAACUUGCUCACUAGAUCGCUUUGUAAAGCUGGUUUACACGAUUUGGCCGGGAAGAUGUUUGAGUGUAUGAAGAGUGAUGGUGUUUCUCCCAAUAGUCGCUUAUUAGGGUUUUUGGUGUCUUCCUUCGCUGAAAAGGGUAACCUUCAUUUCGCUACUGCAUUGCUUCUUCAAUCUUAUGAGGUUGAAGGAAUUUCUACGGUUGUAAACUGUUUGUUGAACACAUUAGUGAGGUUGGAUCGUGUGGAAGAUGCGAUGAACCUAUUCGAUAAACAUCUGAGAUCUCAGUCUUGUAAUGAUACUUGGACGUUUAACAUUCUGAUUCGAGGCUUGUGUGGCAUAGGAAAAGCUGAUAAAGCCCUAGAGCUUUUCGGUGAGAUGAGUUGUUUUGGCUGUUCCCCUGACAUCGUCACGUAUAAUACUCUGAUUAUGGGAUUUUGCAAGAGUAAUGAGUUAAGCAAAGCAAACGAGAUAUUUAGCGACGUUAAGUUGAAAACUGGUUGCUCUCCAGAUGUUGUUACUUAUACCUCCAUGAUGUCAGGGUACUGCAAAGCUGGAAAGAUGCAAGAAGCAUCUCUGCUGUUAGAUGAAAUGGUUGAUUUGGGAAUGUACCCAACUAAUAUAACUUUUAAUGUUCUCGUCGAUGGGUAUGUGAAAGCUGGUGAAAUGCCUUCUGCUGAAGUCAUUCGAGGGAAAAUGGAUUCCUUUGGCUGUUUCCCAGAUGUUGUGACCUUCACUUCCUUGAUUGAUGGAUACUGCAGAGCUGGACAAGUGAACCAAGGCUUUAGACUUUGGGAAGAAAUGACUGCCAAAGGAAUGCUUCCCAAUGCCUUCACUUAUUCUAUUCUUAUCAAUGCGCUCUGUAAAGAGAAUAGGCUGCUCAAGGCUCGUGAGCUUUUAAGGCAGUUAGCUUGUAAGGACAUUAUCCCAAAACCAUUUAUGUACAAUCCUGUCAUUGAUGGGUUUUGUAAAGCUGGAAAGGUCAACGAGGCGAAUGUUAUUGUGGCAGAGAUGGAGAAAAAGAAAUGCAAACCAGAUAAGAUCACAUUUACAAUUCUUAUAAUUGGGCAUUGCAUGAAAGGAAGGAUGUGUGAAGCAGUCAGCAUUUUCCACAAAAUGGUGGCAAUUGGUUGUUCACCUGAUAAGAUUACUGUGAGCUCUUUGUUAUCUUGUCUUCUUAAGGCUGGAAUGGCUAAGGAGGCCUAUCACCUAAACCAGAUAGCAGUAAAAGGCCAAAGUAAUGAUGUAGCACCUCUAGAGACGAAAACGACCAAUGCAACUGUGGCUGCCUGCUAG